GUACGCUCUGAGCCGGGCGGAGGGGUGGGGGGGGAGAGAGGAGCGCAGAGUGAGAGAGUGCAGGACGCUCCAGGAGGCAGGGGGCGGGGGGAGCAGCGCCGCGGCCACCGCCGCCUCCGCCUCCACCGCCCGGGACGAGGGGGUGGGGGACGGGCGAGCCCCGAUGCCGGGGGAGACAGAAGAGCCGAGACCCCCGGAGCAGCAGGACCAGGAAGGGGGAGAGGCGGCGGUGGCCGAGGCGGCUCCAGAGGAGCUCCAACAACAGCCCCUGGAGGCGGAGGCGGUGGCGCCUGCGGGGACCACUAGCAGCCGCGUGCUGAGGGGAGGACGGGACCGGGGCCGGGCCGCUGCGGCGGCCGCCGCCGCCGCUGUGUCCCGUCGGAGGAAGGCCGAGUAUCCCCGCCGGCGGAGGAGCAGCCCCAGCGCCAGGCCCCCGGACGCCACGGGGCUGCAGUCCCAGGCCGCGAAGCCCGCGUCUCCAGCUCAGGGCAAGAAGAGUCCGCGACUCGUAUGUAUAGAAAAAGUAACAACAGACAAAGAUCCCAAGGAAGAGAAAAAGGAAGAAGACGAUUCUACCCUCCCUCAGGAAGUUUGCAUUGCUACAACUAGGCCUAGCCGGGGCUGGCGCAGUAGCAGCAGGACAUCUAUCUCUCGGCAUCGUGACACAGAGAACACCCGAAGCUCUAGGUCCAAGACUGGUUCAUUGCAGCUCAUCUGCAAGUCAGAACCAAAUACAGAUCAGCUUGAUUAUGAAGUUGCAGAAGAGCAUCAAUCUCCAGGUGGCAUCAGUGAGGAGGAAGAAGAAGAAGAAGAGAUGUUAAUCAGUGAAGAGGAAAUACCGUUCAAGGAUGACCCAAGAGAUGAGACCUAUAAGCCCCACUUAGAAAGGGAAACCCCAAAGCCACGGAGAAAAUCAGGAAAAGUGAAAGAGGAGAAAGAGAAGAAAGAAAUUAAAGUGGAAGUAGAGGUAGAGGUGAAAGAAGAAGAGAAUGAAAUUAGGGAAGACGAGGAACCUCCUAGAAAGAGAGGAAGAAGACGAAAAGAUGACAAAAGUCCACGAUUACCCAAAAGGAGGAAAAAACCUCCAAUCCAGUAUGUGCGUUGUGAGAUGGAAGGAUGUGGAACUGUUCUUGCUCACCCUCGCUAUUUACAGCACCACAUUAAAUAUCAGCAUUUGCUGAAGAAGAAAUACGUAUGCCCUCAUCCCUCCUGCGGGCGACUCUUCAGGCUCCAGAAGCAACUUCUGCGACAUGCCAAACAUCAUACAGAUCAAAGGGAUUAUAUCUGUGAAUACUGUGCUCGGGCCUUCAAGAGUUCCCACAAUCUGGCAGUGCACCGGAUGAUCCAUACGGGCGAGAAGCCAUUACAAUGUGAGAUCUGUGGAUUCACUUGUCGGCAAAAGGCAUCUCUUAAUUGGCACAUGAAGAAACAUGAUGCAGACUCCUUCUACCAGUUCUCUUGCAAUAUCUGUGGCAAAAAAUUUGAGAAGAAGGACAGCGUAGUGGCACACAAAGCAAAAAGCCACCCUGAGGUGCUGAUUGCCGAAGCUCUGGCUGCUAAUGCAGGCGCCCUCAUCACCAGCACGGAUAUCUUGGGCACUAACCCAGAGUCUCUGACACAACCUGCAGAUGGUCAGGGUCUUCCUCUUCUUCCUGAGCCCUUGGGAAACUCCACCUCUGGAGAGUGCCUCCUGCUAGAGGCCGAAGGGAUGUCAAAAUCAUACUGUAGUGGGACGGAACGGGUGAGCCUGAUGGCUGAUGGGAAGAUCUUUGUGGGAAGCGGCAGCAGUGGGGGCACUGAAGGGCUGGUCAUGAACUCGGAUAUACUCGGUGCUACCACAGAGGUUCUGAUUGAAGAUUCAGACUCUACUGGACCUUAGAAGGGAAGACUUUAGGCACUGGGACAGCUCAGACUUUGUAUUUAAAAGAUAAAAAGGACAAAAAAAAAUUUAAAGCAUUUAAGAUCUAGUAAAAUAACUGAAGGGCCUGCUCUUUCCAAUGUGGAUCACAGCACACACACAUAUAUCUACUCUCUCUCCUCCUCCUGUCCCCUUUAUAAAAUUGAUGUUGCCUUUACCAGAAAGGUAGACAAAAAAUACAAAGCUCUUAAAGCGAGGGUUAUCCUUAUGCUCGGUUCCAGCCAGGCAAACUUUCUGCUGAUUAGCAGAUUCCCUUUCCCAACCUGUAAAUCUUACACGUUCUGGAUCAGCUUUUAACUCUUAGUAAUAUAUACUGUCCUAUAAUUCCCUUCUCCUCCUUUACUGCUGCCCUAUGGUCUGGCUUCUACCCACUGCAGCACACUUACUCUCAAAGUAUCAUAUAAUUCUAAUCUCUGGAGGCUAGCAGCUUGACUUGGCACUUUAGGGCCCCUUAGCAGGGUGAGCUGUUAAAACAGCACACAUCUCUCACCCCCUUUUCCUCCGUUCCUCACCUGGUUUCAGAAAGGAAGGAUACAUACAUGGGGACCACUUUGACCCCACCACCUCAGUCCUCCUCCCAACACCUUUAUAUGGCUCUCAGUGGUGCUCACUUGCUUGGAAGCAGGCUCCCAACAGGGAGGGGACUGCCCUUUACAUGGUCCCUUUGACCAUAGUACAGGGCUGCAUAUCAGUGAGACAGAAAAGUCCCAGUUUAAUGGCAGAAAUUUGCACUUUGAACAUGUGUGUUUUUGUGUUGUGGAACCUGAGAUUUUUUUUUAUUUAUUAACGGAAAGUCUGAUUUUUUUUUCUUUUUUUUUGUCUUUGUUGCUAUAUUUUUUGGGGCUGGGAGAGAUUACAUUAUUCUGACAUGGGGUCCUUUCCAUAAGAGGUACUUUUGAAGGCAAGAUAAAAGGUUGAAGAAGCACAGCCAGCCUCUAAAAUCAUAGCUCUCCAGUGGCCUUGAAGCUGGUCCUCAGCACUAAAAAAAUCACUACAGUAGCUUAGUGCUUUUUCAGAAGCCUUUUUAGGGGAGAAUGUUAUAUUUGUGGUCAUUAGUGCUCUGUGAGUUUUUAGAACAUUGAGAUUUAGGAAUUUUGAGGGGAUGAGGAAGGUUGUUCAGGGUCUGAAUUACAGAUACGAGAUUUUCUCUUGUGAAUUUGUUUUUGUUUUUAUUUUGUCCCCAUCAUUUCUUUACACAUACCUCCCUCUUGGCCCAACUCUGGCCCCUUGCUUUGUUUUUGUUUUUGAUUUGCUUUAUCAUAGGUUCAUUCCAGCUCCCGAUUAGUGAAGGACACUGCCAUUAUUGAAGGAAUAGUCUAGGAGCUGUACAAUUUUAAGUCAAAGAAAAUGCUCUUGUUUUGUUUCCUAAAUUUAGUAACACUUCAGAAGAAAAAAGGCUUCAAUAGACAAAAUUAAUGUAAUAAUAGCUUUGGCUUCCACCUGAAAUCCUGGGAAUUACCACUUCCCUUGAAAUAGGGAUUUUCAUGGGAUGGAUUGCUUAUUACUGUGUAUACGUUCGUAACUCCCAGAAGACAAAAACCUAUUUGGGCUCAUUUUUAGGGAAUUAAAAGGGCAAUUUCUGUCCUGUGUACCUCAGAAGUUGGAAUUCAAGGCUUGCCCUAUGCAUUGUUUGUCAGAAAUGUGUGAUGGCUGUUGGAAAGAAUGAAGUUUUGCUGAGAACAAAAGGAACAGCUUGUUUUUCACAAACACUAAAACUACAAAGUUUAUCAAUUUUCUCUCUUGAUUUUUUUUCCCCAAGAAGAGGGUAACAAAAUGUCAUUUCUGAAAGAGGCUUACUUGACACCCACUAGUGUCCAUGACUGGGAUACCAGGGAGUGGGGAGUGAGACACCUACAGUGCACAGUCUUAAAUGCACUAUUGUUUCUCUUCAGCAUGUGGCCGCAUUGCCAUCCCUCCAGUGGGGGUAGAAAGUGGAAUAAGGAUAGAAGGGAUGUAGAAUGUGCUUUCCUGCCCACAGUAAGGAUUUGGAAUUGACUUUGGUAUGUUGAUUAGAUAUGAAAAUAUAUAUGACUGACUGGGUGGGUCUACAACAAAGUUGUUCUCCCCUUACCACCCUCCCCCAUAGAAGUCUAUUUUGUACUGUUUCACUAGCUAACAUCCAUUCCCCAUAUUUACCUUUAUCUUUGUUACAUUUAUUUUACCCUUUGUGUCCAUAAAUUACAUCUUUGGUAGUUAGUAAUGAGAUAUUUUAGCCAUGUACAUGAAAGCAAACUGCAUUAAAAAAAAUCUUUAUGAGAUAGAGGUAAAUAUGUUCUCACACUCCUCUCCCUGUCAGAGUUCUAAUAAUUGAAACUAUCUGUUCUUUCUCCCUUUGUUGUCCUUUUCAUAGCUACCAUUUGCCUAUAAUAUGCUUCAAUAAAUUAUUAUAGCAGUUUGCAAUAAACUUUUAAGUAUUUUUCAUGGACUUUAUCUUUUUCCUUUUGAGAUGAGGAUGCUAGCAUAGGAAAGAAUUGGUGUAUGUACUGGGCCCUCUUCCCUUUUUCUUUUCUGCUCCUCAUGCUGUUUACUUUGUUGUCCUUCCAAGGAGCUCUUUGAAUCUUAAAAUUCUGCAUUUCCUACUUCUAGUCAAUUCUGUUAUCUUUUCCCCCCACUGCAUAUUCUCCAUCUUGAAUUGGCAAUUCUAGAUUCUGAAAAUGUAGUUGAGAUACAAGCAUUAUUUCUGUGCUUCCCCCUUGUUUGAUUGCCCAGGAUUAUUUUCCAUAAUUGAGACCUAAUAAGCUUCAGAAAGUUUAGAUAAACACUGGCCAGGAUUACUGGGAGUAAAAAAUAUAUAUAUUAAGGUAUGGAAAGGCAUCCACAUAGAGCACUUGAACCUCCUUUGUACUUGUUUGGAGAAAAAAAUAUAAAAGAGUGUAUUAAAUCUGAGGUUAUUACAGUCUGGUUGUUUGAAAUUCCAUUUUUCUCUCCUGUCUUUUUCCCACUUUCCAAUGUACUCAAGAAGAUUAAAAAAUUGUAAUGGAUCAAUUUAAAAUAUUUUUAUUUCCUUAAAGCCUUUUUGCCUAUUGUAAUGUGCAGGACCCUUCUCCUUUUAUGGGAGAGACAGGUAGUUACCUGAAUCUAGGUUGAAAAAGUUAUGUAAAAAGAAAUUAUAAUAAAAGGGAUAAUCUGCUUUUCAAA